AUGGAAAGGGUGGCACUGGCACGCCUAGGGUGGAUUGCGGCCCAACUCCAGUACUUCCCGGAGCAGCAGACAGGCUUCAGGCGCCAACGCUGCACGGCAGACUCUAUCUCCGAUGUGGUGGCCACCCUGGAGGAUGCCAAAGCCACGGGAGACGUGGCAAUGUUGGUGCUUCUGGACGUCAAGAGUGCCUUUGACGGACUUCCACACGCGGUCAUCGAGGCCUGCCUAGACCGCCUCGGCCAGAGCGGCUGCCUCAGACGCUUCAUUUCCGCAUUCCUGACCGGCAGAACCUUCCGGGACUGGAGACGUGAGGUUCCCGGGUUCCUCUUUCUGGAGUGCUCUGGAUGCAGCAGGGACAGCGCUGGUGGAGCGGCAUUUACUCAUUCUACGCCCAGCGCCCAUGAUGAUACAGCAACCCAUCGUCCAGCGGAGCCCCGAGGGGAGCCGCGCAAGGAACGCACCGCCUUCAGCCGCAGCCAAGUGGAGACACUCGAGGCGGAGUUCUCGCAACGGAACUACCUGACCCGGCUUCGGCGCUACGAGAUCGCCCUGGCUCUGGACCUCACCGAACGGCAGGUCAAGAUAUGGUUCCAGAACCGGCGCAUGAAGUGCAAGCGCAGCCGGACCGCAGUCAAAGCGGAGUGGUCACCCAGUCCAUCGGUACCGAAGAGCCCUUUCCUGCUGCAGGCUGACGCAGAUCAAAAGAAACUCGUACCAGCGUGCUGUGCCGACAUUUCCGAACCCAACUGUUUCAACUAAUAAUAGGACUACGUAACACUUAAUUUCUUUUCUGCCUCAUUGCGACGUAUAUCGCAUCUCCUUUCAGACAACUGAAACCAGCUUUACUCGAGGCAUGGUUCUGAGUCAUAAGAUACUCGGAGCAUGGCCAUAUCCGUGCGUGCUGCAAAAAGCUGUUUGUGCCCCAGUGCAGUUUUUGACGUCCAGUGGGCUGGAUGAACAGUUUACGGCCCUCCUGUGCAACCUCCCGCCUGCACACAGUGUCCACUCUCUCCCUAUUUGCUUCUAACCAUUCCUUCUUUCCUUUACCACCAGUGCAGGGUAGCAAAACAGGACAGUCGCCUGGUUGAUCGUCUGUCUUUCCACUCAUUGCUUCCUUUUUCUUUCUGGUCGAUGUACGACCCUAUCAGAAUUGCAAUGCUAUGCGCAACUCUUAAACGACGUUAGGCUGGGAGAAAAUAUGCUUAUAUCUUACAUCCAUAUAUGCAAAGUAAACGCAGCAAAGCCUUCUAUUGGAGUUGGGUCACUGUAUAAAAUACUCAACGCAACGAGCUAAGAAAAUG